CAAAGGUAGAGAGGUGUGACACCGUGUAGAUCCGUUACUGCUAUUUCUAAGUUUAUUCAAAUAAUGGGAUAUAUUAUUAACGUGAGUUGGAAAGUUGCUUUGGUAUGGAUAUGUGUGUAUACGUAUAUUCCGAUGCCGCCGGGAAUAUCGAAUCCAUACCGAUUAACGUUGCUAGUCGCUUCGUCUAGAGUUGGAAGACACGUGGCAUCACUGGCAUCGUACCUUGGGAUCAGAGAGGAACAUGAAGUACUUCGCGCCUUGGUUGACUUUGCAUCCUCCAGAAAAAAUGACAAUGAUGGGAUUGUGUCACGUGAUACUGAAAUCAGUGAAGUACCAAUUCGUGUGUAUCAACCGAUUGCAAGAGUCGGGGACACUUUGCCGACGAUUAUUUACUUCCACGGCGGAGGUUUCAUGUUAGGGGGUUUAGAUUCUUAUGACGAGACAGUACGAAGCAUUAUGACAUCAUUUGACAUCAAGAUUAUCUCUGUUGGAUAUCGUUUAGCUCCCGAGUAUACGUACCCAGCCGCAUACCGCGACUGUUUGGCCGUUACUAAACGCGUGUUACAGAAUGCAGACGAUUACUACGUUGAUAUCGAUAAUGUGGCGGUGAUGGGCGACAGUGCUGGAGGGAACUUAGCUGCUGCCGUUGCGCAAAAGUUACACUUGGCAAGCGUAAACGGAGAGGAAGAAAUCCCUGCGCUAAAAUUCCAAGCAUUAAUUUACCCUGCGUUACAAUCGUUGACGUUCGACUUGCCAUCGCAUCUACAAAACGAUCGUAUUCUCCCGACAUUUAAUGAUCGAAACACAACUAUCAAUUUUCGCCUCACCUACGCUUUCGGGGUGAUCGACCCUGAGAUACACGAUGCCAUACUAAGGGGUCAGUUGCUGGAGAAAGUUAAACAAUCAGACAAGGCAUUCUUGGCGAAUUUUGUUGACGAUUCCAACGUACCCGAUAAAUACAAGCAACGGGAGAACAGGGUCAACGCAUCGGUUAGCGAGAAAAUAACAAUCCCACAGAAAGUUUUCCGAGUUUUCACCAACCCAUCUUUCUCGCCCCUCAUGCGUAAAGAUUUACGUGGACUCAGCGACACCUAUAUGGUCACUGCAGAGUUCGAUGUACUCAGAGACGAAGGAAUCCUGUAUGCGAAGAGACUUGAAAAUGCAGGUGUUGACGUCACUCUGGACCACAUUGAGUCCGGCUUCCACGGAAUGAUUAAUUUUGGACACUACGAUGCGGGGAAAGAGUGUCGCGAGAAAGUGCGAGAAUACAUUCAAAAGAAGUUUAAUUUAAUAACUGUGCCAGUAUUGUGA